CGCGUCAAGAGUUAAAUUGACUGGCAGCCCGAUCCUCAAACCAGUUAAACAGGAGCCCUUGGAUUUAAGCCGGCUUAGUCCUAUUGAGUGAGAGCUAAGCCCUGGAGAGGCCCAGGAAGCAGAGAGGCGGGGGGGGGUAUGCAAUAGCCCAGGCGCCAUCCUGCUCCGCCCUGGAUUAAAAACCUCGGGAUUUGAAUUUUAUUAAGGGGUGUGCAAGGGGGGGUGGGAUUGUGUCUGCAGGGCUCGAGAUCCUCAGGGGUCCGCGCGGAGGAAAGAGCUGUGGGGAGCGGAACAAGCUCCAAGCAUCUGAACAAGAACUCGGGCCUUGUCCGCGACCCUGCUGUUCAAACCGACAAGCACUGUCAGGAGGGUAUUGUACACACCCGUAAGCACUAGAUGCAGAAAACAGGAAAAAAUAAAUAAGAGUAGGAGAGGAUUCCAAGUGUGAGAGUAGUCGAAGGGGUGGGCGGCUGAGAGGGUGGGGAUAAAUCUGUCUCCGGAAAGGUGAAAUGGCUGAAUAGUCGGGGGAUGCGGCAGCCGUGGGUCUCCAGGUUCAGGAAAGGUUUGACAAGAAGACGAGGCCAGUAGCGAAAAUGGAGAAACAGGGCCCGGCAGGCCCAAGGCCAGCAGAGAGCUUGGACGGAGCAGGAAGAGAGAGCUUUGCCAUCCAGCCGGGAGCCAUCCGGGAGUUACCUUGCUGGGCAGUGCCACGCCAGGAGGGCAGCAUACCUCAGCACCUGCAAACCCAGUGGCAGGAUUUCCUGAAGACGAUGCAGUCCCCUCACACAAGAUGGGGGAACCCGCCAUUGCCAGAGCUGACCUCCUGGGACGACCUGGUUGCUUUCGAGAGGGUGUUUGGCGCCUGCCAAUGGCCCAGAGCGGAUGCUCUGACCCGGCUGGUGCCGGCCUUCAGCGCAGAAGCCCACCAGACGCUGAGCAGAGACAAGAUAGACUACGGGAAGGUGAAGGCCGCCUUCCUGCAAGGGAACUCCACCGGCACGGAGAUCCAUCGCCAGCGUUUCCGGCAGUUCUGCUACCAAGAGGCUGAGGGGCCUCGGGAGGUUUGCGGCCGGCUGAGGGAGCUCUGCCACUGCUGGCUGGAGCCGGAGAGCCGUACGAAGGAGCAGAUCGUGGAGCUGCUGAUCCUCGAGCAGUUCCUGACCAUCCUGCCUCAGGAAAUCCAAAGUCAAGUCCGGGAACGAAACCCAGAGACCUGCGCCCAAGCAGUGGCCCUGGCGGAAGGCUUCAUUCUGAGGCAGCAGGAAGGCGAGCAGCAGGAAGAACAGGGGCACGAGCCGUUCCGAGAGGUGGCUGUGGAUUUUUCUGAAGCACAGAGAGCUCCGCUGGAUGCCAGGCAGAGGCAGCUUAGCAGGGAGGUCAGGAAGCAAGAUAACGGUGGCGCCUGCCUAGUGGGCACCACCAACACAGCCAGCAGAACUGAGGAGCAAUUUGAACAUCAGGGAUCGAGGAGGGAGGAAGCAGAGGAAGAGGCGGCAGCGCCCGCAGCCCCCGAGGGAACCCAAAGGAAAGAGAAAUCGCACCUCUGCAUCGAAUGUGGCAAGAGCUUCACCCGACCCUCGGACCUGGCCAAGCACUUGAACGUCCACACAGGAGAAAAGCCCUACCUGUGCGUCGAGUGCGGGAAGAGCUUCAGCCAGCUCUCGCACCUUACGAGACACCAGAAAAUCCACUCGGGAGAGAAGCCCCACAUCUGCUCCGAGUGCGGAGACACCUUCAGCCAGCGGGCGUACCUUGUCAGCCACCAGAGAAGCCAUUCGGGAGAGCAGCCCUACCGCUGCCUACUGCCAGAAAUGCUUCAGCCACCAGUCGGCCCUGAAGAUCCACGAGCGCAACCACAUGGGGCAGAAGCCCUACGCCUGCGCCGACUGCGGAAAACGCUUCGUCUCCUCUUCCUCCCUCACCACCCACAGGAGGAUCCACACGGGGGAGAAGCCCCACGCCCAGCGUGUGGGAAGAGGUUCAUCCAGCACUCGAACCUCGUCUCCCACCAGCGAACGCACUCGGGGGAGAAGCCCUUCUCUUGCAAAGUGUGCGGCCGGAGGUUCGCCUACCCUUCCGACCUCACCAGGCACCAAAAGAUCCACACGGGAGAGAAGCCCUACCCGUGCGACGAGUGCGAGAGGCGGUUCACCAGGCUCUCGGACCUGAUUACGCACCAGCGGAUCCACACGGGGGAGAAGCCCUACCGCUGCCUGGAGUGCGGGCGGAGGUUCAGGCAGAGGGGGGUGCUGGUGAAACACCAGAAGUGCCAUUCAAAAGAGAACCCGAGAGGAGGCGAGUUGGCGGAGUCUCCACCCGGCAGCGAAUUCAGACUCCGCGAGAUCAAGCAAGAGAAAGAAGAACUGGAGAGCCUGGCAGAGUCCGGUUUGAUCCCCUCUCCCAGCUCCUGAUGUUCAUCAUCACUCUCUCAACGCUGUCGCUGCACCAGAGGGAGCAAAGAUCUCGUAGGCUACCCAGAGGGGUUUUCACUGUGCUUUUCUUUAUUUUUUUAGUUAAAAUAGUUCCCCUUCUUUUGGUGCUGGCUAAAACUGGUCCCGAGAGCAGCUAUGCAUUGCCGUCCGCCGCUUGGCCUGUUAACGGAUGUUGGAAACCGGGGUGGAGUGUGUGCAUUUUGUGGAUGGAGAGAAAGGACACAAGGACUCCGGCUCACCCUCUCCCGCUUCACACGGCUGAAUUGCCUGCUGUCAUGGUGGCCUUUGGAAGAAGCGGAGGCGAGGCGGCACGCUCUGUGCGUACAGCAGUUGAGAUACACCUCUCCAAAGUCGCUGGCCUGUCCGUGUUUUGGCUGGAUGCGAAAGGAACGACAGGAAAAUAGGAUUUCCUCUCUGUUACCUCGAGGGAGAAGCUGGAUGCAGUUGUCUACUUUGCACGUCUCCAAAGCAUAGAUGGGACAAUGGCAUCUUCAACGCCAGACAUUGUUGCAGGGCUGGACUGGAAGUGAAUGCAGCUGCCAAGGAAAAAAUGAAGCCAGGGGCUGGGGAAAGGAGUCAGGACACCAUAAGACCAAUGGUUGUGGGGGGCGGGAAGUGUAUGUGUGAGGUGCACAGCAAUAAUAAUGGCACAGACAGGUAAGCUUCCUUGCAUUGGAGCAAUGGUGGCUCCAUCUUCUCCACAUCUCUAGGCAUUUGUGCAAAACCCAAUGGGCCGUCAAAUAAGACAGGACUGCCAACAGUCACCUGCUUUUCAUUCCUGCUCUUGCCACACACCCCUCCCCCUGAUCACACCCAGACAAUAUGAUCUGGUCCUGCUCAGUUAAUGAUAUAAUAAGUUGCUUAAAAAAAACAAAACUUUGGUCAUUGGUAAUGCCCAGUCUGGCUGGCCACAGCUCCUCAAGCUCUCAGACAGGAGUCAUUCUCAAACUUGCUACCUGAAAUCGCAGAUGGUAGGGAUUGAACCCAGGACUUUAUUCCACGCAAGUCAUGGGGCUCUGCCACCGAUUUAUGGGCUCUGAGCUCUGCUGGCUACAGAUUAGACCCGAGACCCCCUUAAAAAAAAAAAAUGCCCUGUGGCAAACAGGCAGCAGUCCCAGAUCAAUUGCCAAAAUCUAUUGUUUUAAUUGAUUUUGUAUAAGCCACUUUGGGCGCCUCUUUGGCUGUAGAGCGGUGUACAAAUGCUCUAAAUAAAUACAAAUAAAAUAUACGCAUUGCCCUCUGCUACCCGGCUCAUUAGCAGAUCGGCAAAUCUGAAGUAGGCAACAGAUUAAUAUAUACCUCCCCAUCUCAGUGUUAUAGAAGGAGAAGGAAUGCAUGGGGCUGUACACUGGAGGAGAGGGGCAGGGCCUGCAAUAACUGAACUUGGCUUGUGAACACUGAGAUUCUGGAGCAAACAGAGCAAUAGGAUUUGCUUGGCUUCUGUUCAUUCACCCUGAAGCUUUAAAUUUGGAGAUUCGGUGAUGGGGAAAGUGUGUCCUGAGAAAUUGAAGGCCUCAGAGCCCCACCAGGAGAAAAAGUUAGCAACCUGCUUUAUUCAAGUGGUUGGCCUCUUAAAACUAUUCUUAUUAGCAUCACCAUUUGAAUGGAACUAUUUGGGUUUCUCCCGAGAGCAGGAUAGAGAUUAGGUUAGAGUAACUGUUUGUUGUUCCAAAGCUGCAAGGUAUUUUUAGAAUGAAUUCACCCAAAACCUCGGAAUGGAAUCGGCAAAAAUAUGUAUGUUAAAAGAACUUUAGGCAGGGACUGUGUGUACUUUAUGAUUCUGCAGAGGUUUGGGAAUAAACAUGUGGUGGGCCUCACCUUUUAAUUUGAAAGGUUUUUGACUUUUGUAGUUGAGAAAAUAAGCUUGAAAAGUAUGCAGAUAGGAGGGAGAGCUCUGAGCCAAAUGCGUAGUCACCAGGAGACAAAUAACUGGUGCCUUAAGAGAACAAUCCGAACCGUGUCUACUCAGGAGUAAAUCCUACUGAAUUCAAUUGGACUUACUCCUAGGUAAGUGGGUUUAGGAUUGCAACCUACUCUCCCCAUGGUUGAACAAGCAGAACAGUGAAAAUGUAUGCCAGUUUAUGUUUUCUUGGCAUGGGAGUUGGGUUUCCCCAGUACAGUUCCCACAGCCCUACUUUUAUGGAACUUCUGAUAUUUAGAAACACUUUCAAAUGCGGAUGAUUUUAAUAAAUAGAAUCCUAAAAA